UACGACUCUCGUGCGGUGCGAAAUCGAAAGAUGGCCGUGCCGCUGUCGUUUGACGGCAACUUUUACGGCAGCCGCAGACCUCCGCGGGGCCCGGCCGUGACGAAUCGCGAGUAAUUGAUAACGUGGUAAUUCAAGAUCGUCGCGCGGACGCUAGUCCAGGAUCGAAAGGAGAAUGGCGGAGGUGGUGACGACGACGGCCACGGCGACGAUGAUGACGACGACGACGACGACGACGGCAACGGCGGUGACGAUGACCACGGAAUUGUGAAGGGAGUUGUGCGCGCGCGUUGUGCGACGAUCGUCCGUCGAGAGUCCGUCGCGCCGUGAGCGCGGUGUCUAGCAGACGACAUUGAUCGGAGGAGUGAAUACGCCGCGGCGGUUUCGGCGAAAAACGCCUUUGCCCGUGAUCGAAACGCAAAAAUUUGUGUAGGCGGCGAAAAACGUCACUUUUUAUGUCGCACCUCGCUAGCGUCGAUCGUCAACGAUGGUCGCUCCUCGACUCGUCGUCAGUCAACAACGAAAUUGCGAAAGAGGAUCGAAAACGUGCGUGCUCGACGGGCCUCGAUUGAUCGUCGUCGUGACAUUCGACACGUCGCCUUGGUCGGCGAGUCGAAUCACUCGAAUCACGCUAGCGAAGUAACGAUCGCUAACUGCUGAAGAAAAGGAGAGUGAGAGAGGGAAAGAGAGCCGAGUUGCGAGCGAUCGAGAGAUCGCGCUUGAUAUGGAGAUUCGCUUCGGUUCGCUUCGGUUCGCUUCAGGACCGUGAAUAACGAGAAACUGAACCAACGGGCGACACACACUCUUCUCUCGCACGCAAUCAUGGCUGCCUAGCACAGGGCGCGUAUCGACCAAUUUUGUCAAACGUCAUUUCAGGUUAAAAUCGUAUUCGUAAUCGAGAUUGCGUUUUGCGUCGACGACUCGCACCGUCGCGUCGAUACGAUGACACUGCGUUGUCGCGCGGCCACCACUCAUCAUUAUCAUCAUCAUCAUCAACAUCAACAUCAUCAUCAUCACCAUCACCACUAUCACCAGCAGCGGACACGCUGCAUUACGCGUACAUAUAUUUAUGACGUAAUCUGUCACUUGCCUUUUUCAGGCCCGCGAAUCAUACCGAGGAUUCCGCGUUGAGGAAUGUAGGCGACGAAAGCACGGAUCAAAAUAACAAUAUAACUAUGACUAGCGAAGAUCUGCUGCAGCCUGGCCAUGUGGUCAAAGAGCGUUGGAAAGUUGUGAGAAAAAUAGGUGGCGGUGGAUUUGGUGAAAUUUAUGAAGGUCUUGAUUUGAUGACAAAGGAACAAGUUGCUCUUAAAGUCGAAUCUGCACGGCAGCCAAAGCAAGUUUUAAAAAUGGAAGUAGCUGUACUAAAAAAAUUACAGGGUAAAGACCAUGUUUGCCGUUUUAUUGGCUGUGGACGUAACGAUCGAUUUAACUAUGUUGUAAUGCAAUUACAAGGAAAAAACCUCGCCGAAUUGCGCAGGGCGCAACCGCGAGGAGCUUUUUCACUCUCUACUACAUUACGUCUUGGUCUUCAAAUUUUGAAAGCUAUAGAAAGUAUUCAUCAAGUGGGAUUUUUGCACAGAGAUAUUAAACCUUCAAAUUUUUCAAUUGGCCGUCAUCCUUACAACUCCAGGCUAGUAUACAUGUUAGAUUUCGGUUUAGCUCGACAAUUUACAACCAGUACGGGAGAGGUGCGACCGCCUCGUGCUGCCGCAGGAUUUAGAGGAACCGUCCGAUAUGCGUCAGUCAAUGCACACAAAAAUAAAGAGAUGGGCCGACACGAUGAUUUAUGGUCAUUAUUUUAUAUGCUAGUCGAAUUUGUUAACGGACAACUGCCAUGGCGAAAAAUAAAAGAUAAAGAACAAGUGGGUCUCAUGAAAGAGAAAUAUGAUCAUCGAUUACUUUUAAAGCAUCUCCCAUCUGAUCUACGAGUCUUUCUAGAACAUAUUCAGAGUUUGGAAUAUGCAGAUAAACCAGAUUAUGGUAUGUUAGCUGGUCUGUUUGAACGAUGUAUGAAACGUAGAGGUGUAAAGCCAAACGACCCCUAUGAUUGGGAAAGGCCAUUAAUAGCUAAUGAAGGUUUAUCAACUACUAGAUCAUUACCUACAGUAGCUGUACCACCUCCUCUUACUACAGCUACUACUCUUAAUCAACCUCCGACUACAAAUGUCGAUACGAAUAAUCAAGAGAAUGUGGAACCGGAUAACAGAAAGGAGUUGGAUGCACAAUUGGAUUAUGAAAGUAUAUACAGAAGAAACAGGCAACGUGGAGUAGAAGGUUCUCCAGUGCCAUUUGCAGCAGCUAUUAGCAAUCAUGGUCGGGAUAAAAAUUGCAAUGCCACAAUACCAACGACAGAUAAUACGCAUCAGCAAGUCGCCCAACAAACUAUACCACCUUUGCCAACUCAAGGAUCUCCCAAAAAACGUCGUGCAGUUUCGAUGGCCGUAGAAUCUCAAGUUCCUACGCCAGUAGAAAAGCAGGUGGAUAAUGAAGGGGAUGCGUUGAUGGCUUCCGCACGUUCUGCAUCCGAAGUUCCUCGCCUUAAAACAGUAACAAAUGCAACAGCGCCACUUAGGAAAUCGGCAAGCGGUGCUACGUUGCCUGCUACGCUCGCUCGUUUGCGCAUCGCUACGCCAGAGGGAACGUCCGCUGAAUUGCCGAGCCCUCGUAUACAAACGGAAGUCGACGCUUCCUAUUGCUCUUACGAUGUAACUAAUACUAAAUACGUUGGAAAUCAAAGUCCAGUAACUGAACAAAGAGAACCUCUCAGAAGAGAACCCAGAAGGAGAGCAGACAGUCGACAACAAGUAAGAAGCGGACGUUCAGCGGUACGUGACUGUUCUAUUACGCAAUUUGCGCAAAUAGACGAUGACAACGUAUCCGCCUUGCAACAAGUAACCAAAGGUGGCGGAGGAUUAACUCUGGCCUCACAAUGGAAGUCACAAUUUGACGAUUCCGAAGAGACUGAUAACGAAUGGAAGGGUGAAAAUUUACAAAGCCCUGAACACAAAGGGGCAAAUGUUCCAUCCAUACCACAAUCCACAGGUAUCAUCGAGAGCUCACAACAAUUGGAUACAAAAUCUAUCGCGGCUCAAUCAAAUGCCUCAAAUGUAUGUCAACAGCAGUCUUUAAUGCCCACAGCAUUAUCUAAAAUAAGCGAAGAUUCUCCAAGACCAGCGAUGCCACAUAGAUGUUUAAAUAUCGCGGGUAUCGAAAAGUAUCCAGAACUGCAAGGAGCACUUCCGCGAGCUUGGAGCGUUCCGGUUUUAGCACCACACAUUCGAGCUUAUCUCGAAGCUCCGUUGGUUCAGCAAGCGGCAUUUGAUGAUUUGCUGUAUGAAGUCGAUGUUAUGAGGAAUGUAGCCACUCGAUACGAUGAACCAAGACAAACCGUACCAUCCAGAAGAUUUAGUUUACCAGCGGUAGCUUUCUCUCCUUCCGAUGUAAUAUUUUACAAUAGAGAAGAAGAGGAAGAAGCAGUAGCAGGUAGAUUGGAAAUCAGAGUGGUAGACGCAACUGGUGGUGCUACAAUUGUGCAAACUAGCGCUGACAGGGAACCAUUACAAAAAAAAUUAACAAAUGGCACGGCAGGUAGUCCAGCUAGUCCUAAUCCAGGACCGGAAGAACCAUCGAUAUAUUACGACGCUACUGAAAAUCGACCGAUUGCAAACGCAAGUUUGCAAAAAGAAUCGAUUAAUGUCACUACUGCCUCGACUACUGUACAAAAUGCAGUACCGCUUCGUGAUAAUAAGGACAAUAAAGAGAAGGAAACAUCUAGUAGGACGUACAUCGCUCAUAGUAAAAUACCGGUUCCUGUUAAAAGUCCAAGAUGUUCGCUAUCUGAAUCAACGCCCGAGACUAACACCCCGAAUACCAAGGCAGGAACUGGAAGUGACAUAGAAAAAUUACCCGUGCCCGCGACCGCAACUAAGGAAAAAGAAAAUACUGUCAGAGGUAAAGCAUUGACAGCACAUACGGAAGCGCCAGCACAUUGUCGUCGCAUGCCAUUAUCUGACGCUAGACCAAUCAUGUCACCUUUAACUUCAGCCAGCUCAGCCGAAGAUGAAAAUUUAACUGGAUGUACACCCGCUUUGCGCCGCCGAAGACAAAGUGAAAAAUAUGUGACAGACGCUAGUCAGCUGAAUCUGCAGUUCCAAAGACCGCAACAUAGAACGAGACCGCAAUCUGAAGUAUUGCCGAGACUUUCUCCCAGGGGAGUACCUUCGCAUCUUCUACGGGAGCCUGGUAAAAAAUCUGAAGAGAGCAGUGAAAGUGAUUCUAAUAGCAGUGGACCGCCAAAAUCUUCUCGUCAACCACCACCACCGCCUACGUCGUUGCCACCUCACAUAGCAGAAAAUAAUGCUAGAUGCCGCCGUUAUUGGCCAAUACCAGACGCACCGGUUGCUAGCAGGGAAUCGUGAGAUUUGAUAUUCAAAAUGACAAGUAGCCUCAGUUUAUGUUAGGAUCGAGAAGGCUUUUACUGCUCAACCAUUUGAGAAUGUGAUAUCAUUUGGGACACCGAAAAUACAGCAAUUUUUCUGAUAAAUACAUCAUCGGAUACAUAAAAAUUUUAGCAAAAAUGCAUAUCUAUAUAUCUACAAAGAUAUAGAGCAUAACUAUUCAUUUAGCGUGCGAAAAUGUAACUAUCUGUGAAUGCAUAUUCAUAUAAUGCCGCUUUAAUUAACUGCUAAACUUUUUGAGCACAAGUUCUUCAAAAGAAGUCUUUCUUAUUACUUUUGAGGCAUGUGCUCAAUAAGUUUCACUGAAUUGAAAAUUAUAUAUGAGAUUGUUUUCAGUGUACAAGCAGUGCAAUAAUUUGGUGAUUCCCGAUAGUCGCUUUAUUUAAAGACUAUAUUUUUUUUCUUUAUUUAUAACACUUGUUAUACUUAUGUUACAAUAUAAACCUAUCCAUCCAGUAUCUUUAAAUUUUUACGUACAGUGUUAUAUAUUUCUUUUAUACAUAUACACACAUAUAUAUAUAUAUAUAUAUAUAUAUAUAUAUCAGUUGGAUUUGCAUAACUUGAUAUAGCCAUAGUAUAUAUUUUGUAUGUGUUACCAGAAUUUUAUGCUUUUAUUAAAUUUAAUAGAAUUUUCUUUACACAUAAGUAUCGAUUGCACUUAUCUUCAUAAUUAUAUAAUAAAAUACCCUAUAGAGACAGGUUUUAUAAAAUUUUAUAAUUUUGUUAGUGAUAACAGCAAAGUUAUAUAAACACAUUUUUUGUUACAAUAAUAUAAUUAUUACAACUACUGUUGUACACUGAAACACAUUUAUUUGUUGAAAUAAUACAAAUAUUUUAUAUCUUAAAGGAAUAAGUGCUCGAUAAUUUAAUUAAAAUUAUACUCAUCCGAUUUAUGAGAAUGCUUUAAAACUUUGAAUUAUUAGUAAUUUAGAAUUGCUAUCUUGCAAUGAGCAUAAAUCAUGUAAUAAUGAAUAUAACGAGUUUUGUGAAUGAUAUAAGAAAGCAUGAAUAAUAAGUAUUAUUGCAAGUAGCAUUGCAAGAGAAAGACGAGUUUAACAAAGUGGCUUUAGAGUAUUUAUAAAAUUCGGGCCAGUCGUACUAGUCUCCUUAAUAGCCCAUUAUUAAAGUCAACAACAUAAUUUUUUUUUUCCAUAUAUACAAGAUGUUUCAAAACAAUCGAAAGUCCUUUUAAAA